AUGGCUCAAACCAAUAGGGAGGUUCUGGUUAGCGUUAACCCAAAUGUGGGUAUGGCAAUAUCUACUGUAAAGGACUUCACAAAAAUGAAUCAUCUGGAAUUUCAAGGUUCUAAGCUUGACGAAGAUCCUCAAGAAUUCAUUGAUGAGGUAUACAAUGUCUUGGCUAUUAUGGGACUGACGCUGGUGGAAAAGGAAGAAUUGGCCGCUUAUCAACAUAAGGGUGUUGUUCAAAUUAGGUUUAACCAAUGGAAGGAAGGAAGGACAAAAGAUGUGGGUCCUCUAGAUUGUGAAAAGUUCAAGUCUGGUUUCCUUGAUAGGUUCAACAAAGAAAGGGUGUCUAACCCUAAGCCUCGAGGAAGAAAUGGUAGUGGGUUUCUAUUGCCUACUUCUACUAAGUGUGGAAGGAAGCACGAGGGAAAAUGUCUGGUGGGUUCCAAUCUUUGUUUUGGUUGUGGUAAGAUUGACCACAAGAUAAUGCCUUCAGUUUCUAAGUAUGAAUGUGAUAAUCAUCGUAGGGUUCAAUAUGACCCUUCAUCUGGUCCAAGUGGUUCGGGUUCAAAUUCUCCCAAGCAAAGUAGAUUAUAUACACUUCAGACCCGUGGUGAACAAGAGGGUUCUCCCAAUCUGGUUAUAUGUACGUUGAAAUUCUUUCAACUUGUUGUUUAUGCUUUACUUCAUCUCGGUGCUACCUUGUCAUUUGUUAGACCAUAUAUGGCUAUGAGGUUUAAUGCUUUUCCAGAUAUAUUGUUAGAUCCCUUUUUCUGUGUCUACUCAUAUUGGUGA